AGAGGAAUUCCUGUUUCGCUGGAAGAUGGAAGAUGACAACGAAAAUAAUGCAGCAGCGGCGGAAAUUAUUGAGCAGGGGAAUAAGUUAUUGGCCAACAGUGUAACUGCAGAAGAGCAGGAUGCUGAGGCGGUGGCAGCUGCGGAGCAGGAGGAGGAUAAGGAAUUGGCCAACAUUGUAACGGCAGAGGAGUAUUUGAUGCGCAAGGAUGUUGUUCUCUUGGAAUAUGAAAAACAAAUGUUUCUAGACCUGGUCUAUGCAGAUGGCUUGCUCGUAUGCGCCAAAGGUCUAACCUACGAGCGCGUCUUGCUCAACAUAUUUAAGGUGUACAGCGAUGCUGGAAACCUGUUGCUGGUCGUCAACAGCUCCGAUUGGGAGGAACAGUAUUAUAAAUCGAAACUGGACAAAAAAUAUGUGCAUGAAGUGGCCACAACAGCCACAGAGCGCGAACGCGUCUACCUUGAAGGCGGCAUACAGUUCAUUAGCACGCGCAUUCUUGUGGUGGAUCUUCUCAAGAUGCGCAUACCCAUCGAACUAAUUACUGGGAUUAUUGUGCUGCGCGCCCACAAAAUCAUUGAGAGCUGUCAGGAGGCGUUUGCACUGCGUCUGUUUCGCGAACACAAUAAGACAGGAUUCAUUAAGGCCUUCUCGAGCAGUGCCGAGGCCUUCACCAUUGGUUAUGCCCAUAUCGAGCGCACCAUGCGUAAUCUCUUUGUAAAGCAUCUGUUCAUCUGGCCGCGUUUCCAUGCCACAGUGCGUGCGGCUCUUCAGCCUUGGCAGGCGAAAACCCACGAGUUGCAUGUACCCCUCACGCAAAAUAUAUCGCACAUACAGACCCACAUACUGGACAUAAUGAAUUAUCUCGUGCGCGAAAUAAAGCGCAUCAAUCGCACCGUCGACUUGGAAGCGGUCACUGUGGAAAAUUGUGUGACCAAGAAGUUUCACAAGAUCCUGCAGGCGCAGCUAGAUUGCAUUUGGCAUCAGCUGAAUUCGCAAACGAAACUGAUUGUAGCAGAUCUUAAGAUCUUGCGAAGUCUCAUGAUCUCCACCAUGUACCACGAUUCUGUGAGCGCUUAUGCGCUUAUGAAGCGCUACCGCAGCAAGGAGUAUGCACUCAGCAACUCGGGUUGGACCCUGCUUGAUGCCGCCGAACAAAUCUUUAAUCUGUCCAAGCAGCGAGUAUACAAUGGGCAGCAGGAAUUCGAACCGGAACCCUGCCCUAAAUGGGCACCGCUAAGAACACUGCUGCAUAAGGAAAUUCCCGAGCACAUGAAGAAGGUACGUGGCUGCCAUAACUCGGAGCAGCCCAAGGUCCUCAUAUUAUGCCAGGACGCACGCACCUGCUUUCAGUUGAAACAGUAUCUGACUCAGGGCGGUGCGCGUUUCCUCUUUCAACAGGCUCUACGGCAUGAGGUGCCCGUGGGCAAGCUGAGCGCCCACUAUGCGCGCGAUAGUCAGCAAACGACAGCCGCCAGCGAGGAGAUAAAGCCAAGGAGUGAGGGAGUGGAUGCGACAUCAAAAGUUUUAAUUUCAGCGCCAGAGCCGCCAGCAACAGAUGAACUCUCCCAGCUGCUGAGUGGCAUAGACUCCGGGGAUGACUUGCUCGAGGGCCAGCACUUUCAGGAUAGCUACAUGUUGACAAUGACGCAAGUAUCGCAGACUGCCGACGCAUUGCAAGAGACGGCAAAUGAUUCCAUUUUUGAAAGCUUUCCGGAGCUGGAGCAAAUGGAUAUAUCGGCGGCGGUGGCCGCUCAAAAUCAACCAUGCAUUUGCCUGCAAACUUUUAAAACGGAUCGCGAGGGGGCCAUGGCCCUGGAGCACAUUCUGGAGCAGCUACAGCCUCAUUAUGUGGUCAUGUACAACAUGGACGUGACGGCCAUACGUCAGCUAGAAGUGCAUGAGGCGCGUUGCCAGCGUGUGGAGCGGGACCGAAUGACAAUCUAUAUCUUAAUGCAUCCGCGCACCGUCGAGGAACAGUCAUACCUCACCAGCCUGAGGCGGGAGAAGGCGGCCUUUGAGCUGAUUAUUGAGACAAAGAGCAAAAUGGUCAUACCCGAGUAUCAAGAUGGCAAGACCGACGAGGCAUUUAUACUCUAUAAGCGAUAUGACGAUGAGACGACGGUGGAGGCGGCAAAUGAAAAGAGUCGCCAGGCGGGUGGCCAACAGUCCAGCACCUGUGUAACGCCCCGGGUUAUUGUGGAUAUGCGUGAGUUCCGUUCGGAUCUGCCGUGUCUCAUACACAAGCGUGGCCUGGAGGUUGUGCCCGUCACCAUUUCAAUUGGGGAUUACAUUCUAACGCCGGAGAUGUGUGUGGAGCGUAAAUCGAUAUCGGAUCUGAUCGGCUCCCUCAAUUCGGGCCGUCUCUACAAUCAGUGUAUCCAGAUGCAGCGUUACUAUGCCAAACCCGUUCUACUCAUCGAGUUCGAUCAGAAUCGACCCUUCCAUUUGCAGGGCAAGUUCAUGUUGUCCCAACAGACGACGGCCACAAACGCGGACAUCAUGCAGAAGCUUCAGCUCCUCACUCUGCACUUUCCCAAGCUACGUUUAAUCUGGUCGCCCAGUCCGUAUGCCACGGCCCAGUUGUUUGAGGAGCUGAAGUCGGGAAAACCGGAGCCCGAUGCCCAACUGGCUGCCUCGCUGGGCAGUGAUGAGGCCGCCAUGGGCGUGGGCGAGCAGCUCCAUUACAACGCGCCCAUCUAUGACUUUCUGUUGCGCUUGCCCGGCAUCGACACUCGCAAUGUCCAUGGGCUGAUGCGACAUGGCGGCAAUUUGCGUCAGCUGCUGCAACGGACGCAGGCGGAGCUGGCGGAUAUGUUGCAGUCGCAGGAGAGCGGAAGAAUGCUGUGGGAUAGCCUUCAUGUUACGCAUCUGCCCGAUAAGGACGAGGUGUCCGGUUCAGCUGGCCUGUUGGCCGCAGGCAAGCAGCUCGGUCCCAAUGCUCACAAUCGCUUUAGGAAGGCGGCUGCAGCAUCCUCGUCCAGAGGCGCAUUUGCGCGUCGGGGCCGCCACUGAUGCGAAAGUUUAAUUUGUUCUCCUGUUUUUUUAUUUUUUAUUUUACAUUAAAGUCCAGCAAGUCUGGAGCUGCUCUGACAAAGUGCAGAGUAAACAAGAA